CGGAUCCACGGUGGAAACUUCAGUACGCGAUCAACCACCGACGCGUGUUUACGGUCGGAGCUCCAGCGGAAGCUGCGAGGCUUGGCUGCUGCGGGGAGUGGGUGUGCAGUUCGGAGGUCAACGUGGAGGCGAGAUCCGAACGAUCACAGUUCUUUGACGAAUGUUCCGAGAAUGCGUUGAAUUGAUUACGGUCCGACGAAUUUCGGCUUUGGGAAUGGAUCCGACCGUGUUACUGUUCCUUCUAACUGCGUGCAUUCUGGAACUGGCGGUGGGUCAGCAAGGUCCUGUGUUUGUUUUAGAGCCACCAAGUACCCUGAUCUUUUCCAAUACCACAGGCUCACAGUUAAGCUGCUCAGCUCAUGGGAGUCCAACGCCACACGUCACCUGGAUAACCAGUCCAGAUCAGAGAUCGGUCACCGCUGUACCUGGACUUAGACAGCUGCUCGGAAAUGGCACCCUCUACUUUCCACCCUUUUUGGCGCAAGAUUUUCGCGCGGAAGUUCACAACGCAAGAUACAGGUGUCGUGCAACCAGCUCAGUGGGAACGGUCCUUUCUCGUGAAGUUACUCUUCGUGCUGUGCUAACGGUGCCUGGUUACGACGUAAGGGUGAAUAGAUCUCCGGUGCUGGAGGGGUGUAACGCCGUUCUAUCUUGCACAGCACGGGAAGACGUCAAAGAACACUUGACAGUCACCUCCUGGUUCCGGGACGAUGCUAUUCUUUUACCUGGAACCACGGACACAGGAGGAAGAUUUGUGGUCACCUCCCAAGGUGAUCUUCAUAUAAGGGCUGCCAGACCUGAGGAUGGUAGGGCAACAUAUUCCUGUUUAACCCUUCACGCCUUGACUGGAGAGAGAAGAAGAAGCGAGCCUGCCACGUUAACAGUAACAGAACCAAGUGGGUCCAUGCCACCCAGACUGAUGCAGAGAUCCCAGAUCGCCAUUUCCGCGGAAAGCGGAUCGGAUGUUCAUCUCACCUGCUCGGCUCAAGGAAGUCCACCCCCUCAGUUCACCUGGUAUCGCGAUGUUAACGGACACUCGAUACCAGUAGAGUCGUUCGGUCGCAUUCAACUAUGGGGUGAUUUGAUGCAAAUCCGUCGCGUGGACGCUCAGGAUGCGGGAAGGUACAUUUGCCGAGCCAGCAAUCAGGUUGGUGAGCAACGAGCAGAAACACACCUGUCGGUCACAUCAAAACUGAAUGCCAGGAUCCAACCCCGUGUUCAGAUCAUCAAUUCCGGAGAGUCCGCCACUAUGAAUUGCACGGUGGAGGGUUAUCCGGUCGAGAGCGUCGAGUGGUUGCACGAUGGUGUGCCGGUAUUGACCGCGCAGGACACCAGGAUCAGAUUGCUGGCUCCUCUGGUCCUCGUGAUAGGCUCGGUCGGACGAAAGGACAAGGGGAUGUAUCAGUGCCUCGUUAGAAGCGACAAGGAAAACGCUCAAGCCACUGCGGAAUUGAAACUAGGGGACACUGUACCGGAGCUACAAUACACCUUCAUCGAGCAAGCCCUACGUCCAGGACCUCCAGUAUCCCUAAGAUGCUCCGCUACAGGAUCUCCGCCUCCAUCCUUCACCUGGCUGUUGGAUGGAGAACCACUGAGUGAAAUCGCAGCUGGACACAGGUACGCGAUAGGACAGUACGUUGAUCAGUCUGGGGACGUAAUCAGUCAUUUGAACAUAUCAUCAGCCGGCGCUGAAGAUGGUGGCCUUUAUGCCUGCGUCGCUUCCAACACCCUGGCUACAGUGGAGCACAAAGCGAGACUGAACAUUUAUGGUCCGCCGUAUAUCCGAUCAAUAGGACCAGUCCGAGCAAUUGCCGGUGUCGAUACCACCAUAGCAUGUCCUUAUUCCGGUUACCCUGUCACGUCGGUUGAGUGGUCCCGUGGUGGAGUUGAACUACCUCUCGACAUAAGACACCGUGUCGAUAGCGAAGGACAUCUUACAAUUGCGAAUGUGGAUCCAAACGAUGCUGGAACCUACACUUGCAUGGUUCGAGCUAGAUCUGGAGAAACUGCCAGUAGAGAUAUUCGACUCACCGUUAGUAGUCCUCCAAUUAUGAGCCCCUUCAAUUUCCCUCCAAACCUGCAGGAAGGCAGUCGAGCUCAGGUCACUUGCAGCGUCACUUCCGGUGAUCUACCGAUCUAUUUCUCCUGGCUGAAAGAUGGAGAACCAUUGCCUUCUUCCUUACGCAUUGAGGAGAGGGUGGCCGACUUCUUCAGUCUGCUCGUUUUUAAAGAACUAUCUUCCCGGCACAGCGGCAAGUACAGUUGUGUGGCGACGAACAGCGCGGCUAAAGCCAACCACACGGCCGAACUUUUGGUCAAAGUACCACCGCAAUGGAUCUUUGAGCCGCAAGACAUAGCCACCCUCCUUGGUAACCCCUUGAACGUACAUUGCGAGGCGAAGGGAUUCCCGCCACCACGUGUCACAUGGCUGCGUGCCAAGGGUAGAAGUUCCAACGACUACCAACCGUUGGUCGAUGGCACGGACGGCAGGCUAACCAUAUUGCCAAAUGGUUCUUUGUGGACGGCUUCUGCUGGACCCCAAGACGAGGGUCACUACCUCUGUAGAGCGAACAAUGGCAUUGGGUCUGGUCUCAGCAAAGUCAUCUACGUGUCUGUUCAUGAACCAGCGAGAUUCGAAUUUCAAAGCAAAAAUGUUACCAUUCGUCGAGGGGAAUCAGUGACGUUGGACUGUACUGUGAUUGGGGAUAAUCCUAUAGAAGUGCAAUGGAUGCACAACAGCGAUCGUCUGGAUACAAAUAGCCAUAGACUGAGUAUCAGUCAAAUCAAAACGGACAAUGGAUUAAAGUCGCAGUUGUCUAUAGGGAGCAGCGAUCGUCAGGAUUCAGGGGUCUACAGGUGUACAGCGGAUAAUGCUUAUGGGAGGAGCGAACAUCUCAUUUAUUUAGCUGUUCAAGAAAGGCCAGAUCCACCAGCCUCAUUGGAAGUCAUAGAAAUCGGCUCGCGAUCGAUACGAUUGCUGUGGAAAAGGGCUUUCGAUGGGAACAGUCCGAUACGAAAUUAUGUCAUUCAGUAUCGGUCCCUGAAUCACGGUUUGGCGGAUGAUUGGAACCCCGCGAAAACGCACAAUGUCACUUACACACCCGGAAGUUCUAAUAACGGAAACUCCAUCCAUCCCUCUCAGAAUGGAUUGUCCCCUUUUGAAACAACCAGUGAUGAUCAGGAAAUGGCUCUUGUGGGUGGACUCCAUCCGGCUGUAACGUACACCUUUCGUAUAUUCGCUAUAAAUUCCAUAGAUGUGAGCAUACCCACUGAUCCGGUGGUGGCAAAAACUCAGGAAGAAGCACCUACUGAACCACCACAGAAUAUUAAAGUUCAGUCUGCUGGGCCUGGAGAACUUAUGGUUAGCUGGCAGCCGCCUCCAAAAGAGUCCUGUAAUGGAGAUUUAUUAGGCUACAUAGUGACAUGGUCGGAGCAUUCAUCUUCGACGUCAGGUGUCAACCAGAGCAAAAGUUUGACCGUGAACGGAUGGGCGACUACAAAAGUGCAACUCACUGGUCUCAGAAAGUUUACGAAGUACGAUAUAUCGAUCAGAGCUUUCAACAGUAUAGCCAGCGGUCCGGCUAGCAUUCCCAUUGUUGGAACUACUCAGGAAGGAGUACCAGAGACUCCACCAACCCAGGUGUCCUGUGUUCCUUUAUCUUCCCAGAGUGUAAAAGUAUCCUGGAGUGCACCACCACCACAUCAACAUGGUGGAAUCAUUCAGGGUUACAAGGUGUACUAUAGACCAGUACCUACUGACAAUAUGGAUAUUUCCACAGUGGGUGAAGUAAAGAAAACCUCCAGUGUGGAAACCUACCUGCACACUUUGUACAAAUACACAAACUACUCUAUUAGGGUACUGGCUUAUACAGGAGCAGGGGAUGGUGUCCUGAGUUCGCCAAUUUUUUGUACAACAGAAGAGGAUGUUCCAGGACCUCCAGCUGGCAUCAAAGCUUUAGCAUUAACGGCAGAAAGUAUAUUAGUUUCGUGGUUGCCCCCCUUGCAACCAAAUGGGAACGUCUCCAAGUACACAGUUUACAGCAGGGAAGCUGGCUCCAGCAACCACAACACCCACACCAUGCACGAACCUCCAUUAUCGCCCACAGAUACACUAACUAUGGAACUUCGAGGUUUAGUUGAGAGGCAAUUGUACGAAUUUUGGGUGUCAGCAACAACUGGACUGGGUGAAGGAGAAUCAACCACCAUAGUAACACAAAUUACAAACACCAGAGCUCCAGCCAGAGUGGCUUCAUUCUCACAACUUCUGAGAAGAGCAAUUAAAUCAUCAAUCACAUUAUCAUGUUUGGUCGUGGGCAACCCUACACCUCGUCCAAUUUGGACAUAUAGAAACAGUCAGGUAUCUACUGGUCGUCAUUAUGAACUGACUGCUGAUGGUCAUCUUAACAUUCGUGGAUUAGAGCAAUCAGUGGCAGGGAACUAUACUUGUUCAGCCAGCAACUUAUUUGGUAAUGAUUCCGUUACUUAUACUCUGGUUGUUGUGAUGCCCCCCAGGACACCAACUUUAGAACUUCAAUAUACUACAACAAACAGUAUAAGACUAAGGUGGAAUCAUCCCAAUAAUGGUGGUGCUACUAUUCAAGGCUACGUGUUAAGCUACAAGAGGGACCAAGGUGGUUGGGAAGAAAUAGCAUUAUCACCUGAACAAACUGAGUUCAUUUUAUCAGGAUUGAAAUGUGGUUCUUCAUAUUUGGCACAUUUGACGGCUCACAAUCGUGUGGGUACUGGAGAUCCAAGUCCUCUGAUCAGUGCAACAACAAAGGGAGCUGCUCCAUUGCUACCAAAGGAACGAGACAUCAUCUCCGCCAAUGGAACAUCCGUAAAAUUGAACCUAUUAUCUUGGCCAAAUGGUGGCUGCCCCAUACAAUACUACACUGUAGAGUACAAGGGACGUAUCAGUACAGAACCAUGGAUUCUAGUAGCAAGUCGUGCCACAGAAAACCUAGUUAUACGAGACUUGAAGACUGCCUCCUGGUACAGUUUACGCCUGACAGCUCACAACGAUGCUGGGUCUACACAAACGAAGAUGGAAUUUGCGACAACCACUCUCAAUGGAGUCAGCAUCGGUCCUCCAAAUGAUCUCAUCAUGGAAGAUGAUGUGAAGAAAGCUAUACCUAAUCAGAAAGUGCUGUAUGUAGUUGUGCCUCUCAUAUGCGCCAUAGUACUCGUUGUUUCAGCUGCCAUUUUGGGAUAUGUGAUGCUGAAACGAAGUGGCAGGGCUAAUUACUUGGGAGAGAUCCUUCCUGGACAGCAACAGAAUCAGCAGUCUGGAUUAGGACUUGUUCAGCUACAGCAGCAACAUCAGCAACAUCAUCAUCUUUCUAGUUGUAUGUCAACGAUGCAGCUGAAAUCUACCGCUGAAAGAGAUAAUAGACGAAAUCAUCAAGUGUAUACUAGUUCACCAGUGAAACAAGAAAAUCACAAGGCUAAUGAUCAUGGAUCAGAAAUGUACGAGAUUAGCCCGUACGCAACAUUCAGCGUCCCAGGACGAGAGAAUCGUUCAGUGACCACAGCCACUCUCGACUACACCAUGCAAUUUAAAACAUUUGGCCAUUUAGAGAACGAAGACAUCAAUACUAUUGACUACGAGAGGUCCAGUGUGGACUUUGAAAGGUCUAAAACGCCAAGAUGGCACAAGCAACGAUACUUCCCGAGCAUCGCGGAAGCGGAGAGCAAGUUGCGCUCCAGUCGUCAGGGUUCCGGAAGUGACACGUCCGGGAGUCCUUGUGGAGAGUGCGCCGGACCUAGUUACAGAGUACCAGUGAAACCUUGCAGAGAUGUAUUUUCACGAGGGGUGGAAUCGAGUACAGAGUCCAAUAAUGAAGGUUCACCUUCGCUUGCGAGACGACGAAGCCGACAACCGAGCCGGUCUACUCGCAGUUCGGUGGAGGACAUGACGUUAUUGCCGCCAAGCGGGUUCAGCGACAGUCGCGAAUUGAGCGACGUGGAGUGCGACCGUGAUCGUGAUCGUGAUCGUGAUCGUGAUCGUGAUCGAGAUCGUGAUUGUGAUCGUGAUCGUGAUCGUGAUCGAGACUGGCAGGGACUAUCAGCGGGAAUCCGUCACGGUGGCAGCUUGGGUAGACUGCCAAUCGAGGCCGUCGAAUCUAUGCUCGCUAGGUACCAACAAAGGAAAGAACAAGAAAGGCAAGAGUUCACUAUACACGUUUGAUGGAGAUUCAACAAAUCUAGCGGGAAUCUUUGCGUUAACGAUACAGAAGAAAUCGUAAAAACUGUCUAAAGGUUUUGCGGAUUGUCAAUGGGAAGCUUUAGUUUUCGAGAAGUGACAAAAGAAAUUGACGAACCAUCGUACUGCAUAGAAAUAAUAAUGUACUAACAUAAAAAUAAUUCGUAAAUCAGACUAAUCACAGGGAUGUUCGCUGUAAAAAACUGUUUGCUCACUGUAAAAUACUGAGAAGAAUGUUUAAUAGUAAGAUUGCAAUAAUAUCUGCUUCAAUUACUAUAGUGUUCAAUGUACAAAUACUUGAGCUACUUAAAUGACAAAUUUUGUAAAUGAAACAUAAUUAAGAAAAGAAAAUUGGAAAUUGUAAAGGAUGUAAUUGAACCUUUUUCUCAGUGUGCUGUCAUGUUUUUGUCAUCAAAUUGUACGAUCGACUGCUCUGCGUCUCAUUCGAAUACUGCCGCUGCGUUAUUCGCAAUUUUUAUUCGCGUGACCAUUAACCCUGACCAAUUGCGCAUCGAACGCGUUAUCAGCAACAGCUACACGUGAAAGUACCGACAACUACUUUAAAUAUUUUAAAAUCUCAUCUGCAUGAAUUCGAAAUUGAGAAAUCAACGUGUCUAUUGUCAUCGAUUGAAAGGAAGGUUAGAAAACAAGUCAAUUUAGAGACGGAAUGAUGAAUCACGCACGAGUAUAAUCGACAACUAUUGUAUAGUUAUAGAUAGAUCGUAUACGUAUCGCUAGUCAUGCUGUGUUACCAUGAAUUGUAUAGUUGAACGAAUGAGAUCAUUUGAAAGCAUUGAGACCUUUACUGCCAUUAUCGAGAAACAUCGUUUUAACAUUAGCGUAAUUACGGACUGUGGUGGAGCUAUCCCCCAUCUUAGGCACACAAAAUUGUGGAUUACCCCCUCAUGAUUCUACAAUUCUAAGAUUUCAAGAUUCUAAGAUUUUAAGAUUCUAGAAUUCUGAAUUUUUUAAAUUCUAGAAUUCCAGAAUCCUAAAAUUCUAAAGUCCUACAAUUCCAGAAUUCUAAAAUUCCAAAAUUCCAGCUUACCCUCAUAAAAAGUCCUAGUUACGCCAAUGCGUUUAAGUAACUAAUGUAUACUACCAUAGUAUUCUAAUUUCCACAACAGCAAAAAAUAAACAUGAAAUAUCAAUCUAAUUUCUAACAAAAAAUAUCAGUACAGUAAGUUGUUGUUACCAUACUCGUUCACAGAACGUUUUUAUACUAAUAACUUUUGCAUCUACAUUUUUACAGUGGUGGAUUUUUCUUUUGAUGACUCCAUCUAAAAAUUCAAAAGACAAUCGAACAUUCUUCACUCAAAAUCUUACAUUAACUUUAAAAAUUUGCAUGUCUCUCCGAUAUAGAGGAAAAUUCACCAUCAUACUUAUUUUUACGAAUAAGCAUUUUCCUUACAAAAUCACUAUCCCUAUCCCUACUAAUAUAUAAAAAUGAAAAUGUCUGAUCGUGUGUUCCUCUUUCACGUUUAAACGGCUAAACGGAUUUUAAUGAAAUUUGCAUUAUUGGACAGCUUAUUCUUUCAAGAUGGACAUAGGCUAUGUCAUAUUGCGAUUGGUUAUGUUUUUGACUAUUUGGUAGUACUCGGCAUUGCCACCAAGACCCCUCGGUAUGCUACACUCAUAAUACAUAUAUGUAUAUGUAUGUAGAUUUAUCAGUUUUUUGGGCUGUAGUUCCGAAUGUCCCCGGUCGCGGAUCGACAUGAAAUUUGGAGGGUUCGUUGAGAGCAGGUAGACGACUCCAAAUAUAAAGUGGUGUCUUCGGCUUCCUAUUAGUUUCCAAGAUAUUAAUUAAAAAUUUUCGGUACAAUACAUAGACUUCUGUUUAUACAGACGUAACUAACACAGCCAUCUUCGCUGUAGCAACCGUCAUCGUCAAAUGUCGAACAACCGUUCACACCAUACGCUUCUAUAGGGUGACCCAUGUAAAAUCCAUUUUUUUUUUUUAAACUUUUUGUAACUUUUUCCUUUCCUUAUCGUAAAUUACCGUAAAUUACCAUUUAUACGUAGGUUAGGUUAAGAUAGAUCAGGUUAAAUAAAUUUCCGGCUGCCGGAAGACGACCGGCAACUCUGCAACAGUCGUCGUAUCUUCAAAGUUUUAAAUAGGACACCCUAUAGAUAGUUAGGUUGGAACCCCCGCUGCGUCAACGGCUGUUCGACACUUAACGAUGACAUCUACUACAGCAAAAACGGUUGUGUUGUUGCGUCUGUAUAGGAAAAAUUCUAUGUAUUGUACAAAAGUUUUUAAUUAAUAUCUCAGAAACUAAUAGGAAGCCGAAGAUACAUAUUAUUAGAGAUACUUAUAUUUGGGCAGCCUCCCCCCUCCCCUCAAAAUUUCAUCUUGAUCGGCGACCGGGGACAUUCGGAACUUUAUCCGUUUUUUUUUUGCUUUUUGGCAUUCGUUUCCUUAUUCAUGUCGUAUCAGACAAAGAAAUAUUUGUCAUUAAAAAAAAAAAUUGCACCUUGCAUUUAAUAGUAUUUCUGUUUGUAUUAAAGUGUGUUUUAGCUGAUUUCUUUCAAUUUUUAACAUUCAAUUUAAAAUGAACUAUUGGCGAAUUUAUGAGAACGCUGUCGAAUAUUCUCGAAGAGUUGGUGGCGAUUUUACGAGAACGCUGUUUAAUUGUUAGCGACGUUACGAGAACGCCAUCAAACACUCUCCAAACGUCGCUAUUAUUAGUCUACCGAAAUAUAACCCUCUCCCCACCUAUGAUCAGGCGACAAAUAGGCAGUCAAUUUUCUAUCGAUUGGCUACAUCAAUCGCGGCGGGAAUCCCGGACCGCGAUCUGUAUUAAAAUUCCCGGGCAGAGCCGGGUAACGCAGCUAGUUAUACAGGGUGUCCCACGCAACUGGAACAGGCUGUACCUCCUAAACGGUUGGGAAUAGAAGAAGAUGUUAUAAGUAAUAGUUAAAUGGUAUCGGACGGUGCAUAAUAUGCA